AAAUUGAAUACAGGCUAAGGGCUUCCUAGGUUCUUAUGGAUUCGGUUACUAUAUCGACAUGGGAUGUGAUGGUGAGGAAAUAUGAGUUUUGGCCGAAAUGCUUCUGAUGUUGGCUUCAUGUACUGUUUUAAUAAUAUCAAGGCACAUAAAAUUCACGAACAGUGUCACGAAUGUCAGCCCCAGUGAUUCAAGUUCAACAUAUUAUGUUUUCAAAAUUUCCCUAAACAUACCAAACCCGAACCAAAACGGGAAAAAACGCCGGCAGUAUUGGGUAUCAUUUUGUCGUUCGAAUAGCCUUUCAGGACGCCGUUAUGUACACAUUUGAUUUAAAAAAAAACGCGGUCUAUAUAUUAUGUGCGUGAGUGCAGGUAUUCACGCCGCCCUCUCUCCGUUCUACCGGCCCCAUAUCCCGUUGUGACGCGUCUGGAGAGCGUACGCCUCGG